GUUCGUAGAUGGGGCUGAGCGGCGCCCGCUGAGGAGCGGACGGGGAGCGGGAGCCGGUGCCAGCCGCCAUGCAGCAGGUCCUGGAUAAUCUUACUGAUCUACCAACAUCAACAGGAGCUGAAGAAAUCGACUUGAUUUUUCUCAAAGGAAUUAUGGAAAACCCUAUUGUAAGAUCUCUUGCUAAGGCUCAUGAAAGGUUGGAAGAUUCUAAACUGGAGGCUGUCAGUGACAACAACUUGGAGUUGGUGAAUGAAAUUCUUGAAGACAUCAGUCCCUUAGUAAAUAAAGAUGAAAAUAUUGCAGAAUUAGUUGGAAUACUCAAGGAACCUCAUUUUCAGUCACUUUUGGAAGCACAUGAUAUUGUAGCUUCAAAAUGUUAUGAUUCCCCUCCUUCUAGUCCAGAAAUCAAUAAUUCUUCAGUGAACAACCAGAUCGUUCCAGUAGAUGCUAUUCGUAUCCUUGGUAUUCACAAAAGAGCAGGAGAACCGCUGGGUGUUACAUUUAGAGUUGAGAACAAUGAUCUGGUAAUAGCACGAAUCCUGCAUGGCGGAAUGAUAGAUCGACAAGGUCUUCUGCAUGUAGGUGACAUCAUUAAAGAGGUAAAUGGCCACGAGGUUGGAAACAAUCCAAAAGAAUUGCAGGAACUGCUGAAAAAUAUUAGUGGGAGUGUCACUCUGAAGAUUCUCCCCAGCUAUAGAGACACUGUUGUUCCUCAACAGGUUUUUGUGAAGUGUCAUUUUGAUUAUAAUCCAUAUAAUGACAACCUCAUCCCAUGCAAAGAAGCAGGUUUGAAAUUUUCUAAAGGAGAAAUUCUUCAGAUUGUAAACCGGGAAGAUCCAAAUUGGUGGCAGGCUAGUCACGUCAAAGAAGGAGGAAGUGCAGGACUUAUUCCUAGCCAGUUCCUCGAAGAAAAAAGAAAGGCAUUUGUUAGGAGGGACUGGGACAACUCAGGGCCUUUCUGUGGAACCAUAAGUAGCAAAAAAAAGAAAAAGAUGAUGUAUCUCACCACAAGAAAUGCAGAAUUUGAUCGCCAUGAAAUCCAGAUAUAUGAGGAAGUAGCCAAAAUGCCUCCUUUUCAGAGGAAAACACUGGUAUUAAUUGGUGCCCAAGGAGUGGGGCGAAGAAGCUUGAAGAACAGGUUUAUAGUACUGAAUCCCACUAGGUUUGGAACUACAGUGCCAUUUACUUCACGAAAGCCAAGAGAUGAUGAAAAGGAUGGGCAAGCAUACAGAUUUGUGUCACGAGCUGAAAUGGAGACUGAUAUUAAAGCUGGCAGGUAUUUGGAGCAUGGAGAGUAUGAAGGAAAUCUUUAUGGCACCAAAAUUGAUUCCAUCCUUGAAGUUGUUCAGACUGGAAGGACCUGCAUUUUGGAUGUGAACCCACAGGCACUGAAAGUACUGAGGACUUCAGAAUUCAUGCCCUAUGUAGUGUUCAUUGCUGCUCCAGAAUUGGAGACUUUGCGUGCUAUGCAUAAGGCUGUGGUAGAUGCUGGAAUUACAACCAAACUUCUCACUGACACUGAUUUGAAAAAAACAGUGGAUGAAAGUGCACGGAUCCAGAGAGCGUACAACCACUAUUUUGAUCUGACCAUUAUAAAUGACAACCUAGACAAAGCCUUUGAGAAGCUACAGACUGCUAUAGAGAGACUGAGACUAGAACCUCAGUGGGUCCCAAUUAGCUGGGUAUAUUGAUUUCUGAAGAUAAGCUUAAAUAACAAACAGAAUCAACUGCAGCAAAUAUGCUAAUGUGACAAGGCAUUGUGUAGAUACAAAAGAUAACUUGCAGCGCCUGAGCAUUUUUACUCUGUGUAUAUUCAAAAGUACACUAUUCUGAAUUUUUAUAGAAAU